CUAACGGAACAGCGCAGUAAUAUGGCGAUAGCAUUUUUGAAGUCGGUUAAUGCAUUCUUAGCAUUAUACUUUAAUUCUCUCCUGUCAUCCCAGCCCCAAGUGACCACGAAGAAUGGUGAAAUACAGGGAAUUGUGGAAACAGUCCAGGGACAGCCUGUCAAUCUGUUUCUUGGUAUUCCUUUCGCUGACCCACCUGUAGGAAGCCUCAGAUUUAUGAAACCCCAGCCUGUAUCCAACUGGACUGGCAUUAGGAACACGACUGCCUAUGGCGCAGUGUGUAUGCAGGAGGAAAUGUUAAUUUCUCAUGGUACUCAGAUGUCCGAGGACUGCCUGACCCUGAACGUGUUCGUUCCCGGCACCUUGAGCAACACAACCAGGAAGGCUGUGAUGGUGUGGAUUCAUGGCGGCGGCUUCAUGAACGGAGGGACCAACGUGUACCAUUUUCAUGAAUUCGCUAUUCAAGGUGACGUCAUCGUAGUAUCAGUCAACUACCGCUUGGGUGCAUUUGGAUUCUUGACCACUGGUGACGUCAACGCUCCUGGUAACGCUGGACUCUGGGAUCAAAUAGAGGGACUGAAGUGGGUGAGAGAUAACAUAGAAAACUUUGGCGGAGACCCUAAUAAUGUGACCAUCUUCGGUGAGUCGGCAGGUGGCAGUUGUGUCUCGCAAUUAGCCAUGACAUUAGCCGCUAGAGGUCUCUUCCGUCGCUUUAUAUCCAUGAGUGGCACUGCGCUGACCGAGUCGGCCUGGGUGAAAGACGAUGCCGAUAUUGCUACCAAAGUUGGACAGAAUCUUGGGUGUAAUGCUGCAGCCUCAGAAAAGGCAAAGUUGGCAGCUUGUCUCCGCGACGCCAAUGCGACCGCCCUGCUCAAAGCGUCAGCUCGGGAAGUGUUCCCUAGGCAUGUUACAACACCAUUUGGUCCUGUCGUUGAUGGCGACAUGUUUCCUCUAACUGUGUUGGAAAUGCUGAAGGAUAGCAACUCGGACGUGGUGAGAAACUUCUUGUCUCUGGACUACAUGGGCGGAUUCACGAACUCUGAUGCUGGAGUCUACCUUCUUGUGCUACCCUUUAACACCACCCUUGGCGUUCAGCCCAGUUAUAUGAAGGAUACCUUAAUCCCUCAGUUUGCAGCGGAGGUGUCCUCCUACCACCAAGAUGAAAUAGCACGGAGACUUAGAGGACUUUAUUACGACGCAAGUGCCGACAUGGCAGAGACUGGACGUCUGAUGGUCAACUACUACACCGAUACCCUUUUUGCUGUGCCUACAGUUGGCUUCCUCAGAUAUCAUCUCAUGGCACCAGGUGGCUCCACCUAUCUUUUCUAUUUCACCAAGGAACCCUCGUUCCCGCAUUUGGUACCUGUGCCUGCCUGGUUUGAGGGAGCAAACCACGGGGACGAUCUCCUCUUUAUGUUGGGCUUAGAAGUUGAUGUCUUGAUAAACAAUAUUAAUUUCACCGAGGCAGAAAAGAAUAUUUCCACAGCCUUUAUGACCUACUUUGCGAAUUUUGCAAAGACUGGAAAUCCUAACACCCCUGAUGCAGUCCCAAGCCCGUGGCCAAGCUAUACGCAUGCGGAUGAGGCGUAUCUAGACAUCGGUGACGUCAUACUCAAUGAAACUGACGUCAUACCAGAGCGUAUUGACCUCUGGUUAGACACCGUCCCUGCCAUAAUCGCCAAACCGACCACUUCCGCUCCGCCCACCACGCCAGUGGCCAGUGAUGGGAAUCUGGACCUAAUUAGCACUAUACUUGUUGCUCUUAUCUUGUUGAACACAUUGAUACCAUUUCCUUAA